AUGCAGAGAAGUCUUCUGCAACGUAAAAUUUUGUGUCUUCUUUGUCUCAACCUGUUCAGGAUCGCAGCCUCGCAAUACUCUCCAUGCAGUGGUAGGAGCUUUUUUGUCUAUUAUUCGGUGUAAAAAUUCCAAGAGAAUCUGGGAUGGAACUGGAGAGGACACCUGGGCGAAGAGGGCACCAUAAAAAACAUGAUAAGCGGGGAUCAAAGGGGAUUUUUUAGAACAAUUUUUUGGCUAGCCAAUAUUGGCAAAUUAAAAAAUACGCCCCCUCAACACACCUAUUUUUAUCAGUCUGUCGGAAAAAUAACGGCGAGUCGUCGCAGCAAAAUGUCUCGCCUCGCCGCACCAAAUCCCAAGUCGCGGCGUGCAGUCGCAAAGCGAUGAUGAGCGACUCCGAGGCGCGACGAUCCGCCGUUAUUUCCCGGACAGACUGAUAUAAUGCGUCCUCUUCGCCGAGGUGCCUUUUUCGCCCUGAUGCCCUCUUCCAACCAAUUAGAGGUUUUCACAGAACAAAAAUCGCGCAACUUUUCAUAGUGCAAGCUUGCGCAUUUUGGCGCGUCGCUGCGAAAAUCGCGACAGAGUGCUUUGCACAGUGCAUUUUGACCAAAAAACCUGUUUGCACAGUGCAAUUUGAAUUUUUCUGUCUGUCGGGAAAAUAAUGUCGCUGCGCCAAUAGAAUCGCUGAAGAGAAAAGCAAUUUGAUUUUUUCGCGGCACGCUUCACUUUCUCCGCGGGGAUGUGAUUUUCGAUGCGACAGAGUGCUCAUUAUUUUCCCGACAAAUUGAUAAAUCGCCCGCAAUUCCAAUUUUUCGCAGCGACAACUAUUUUUUUCCGGAGUGCGAAGGAGCCAUAAAUUCUCAGGACUUUUCGCUUGCAGUUUACAAUUACAAAAAGGUUACCGUGAUUUUCAGGUAAAGCGAUAUUGGGUGAAAAUUGCGAUCGGGACGAGGACUGCGAUAACAAGGGAUCGAUUUGCUUGCGCAACAAAUGUCAAUGCCACCCGUACUACGAAGCCCGGACUUCGAAGGACUAUCCUAGAGGCAAAUGUGUGAGAUGUAAGUUGGGUUUCGCAUUAUUCUUCAUAUCUUUAGUGCCGUCACGUAUCGGUGAAGAGUGCACAACAAAAUGCAGAGAGCCGCUGUUUUGCCGGAAUGGAAAGUGUCAGUGUGUUCAGCGCGGCUCGACCAGCGUGCAGAAUGGUGUUUGUGUGACAGGUAAGACACCCCCAAAUAUCAGUCUGUCGGGAAAAUAAUGAGUGAUCUGUCGCGACACGAUUUGGACCAAUCGUUUCGGUGAAGUGAAAAGUAAUUUGAUCUUGUCGCGACACAAUUCAUUUUCUCAGCGGCGAUGCGAUUUUCGAUGCGACAGAAUGCUCAUUAUUUUCCCGACAGACUGAUAAAAAAUGAAAAUAUUUGUUCAGUCACCAAAGUCGGCGACCGCUGUUCGCGUCAUUACGAUUGCAGCUCGCCGUUCUCGGCCUGCGUCAAUCAGCAGUGCACGUGCAUUGCCGGCACCGUGCAACAGGGGACUCGAUGUGUGGCUUCAACCAAUUGUCCAUUAGGAGGGCAGCCUCAUGGAACUUGCACGAGAAGAGUUCCGUUGUCAACAGUAAGCUUUGUAUAUAUGUAUAUGUAUGGCCUCAGGACUUAUAAAUCUUUGUGUGUCCAGAAAAUUUGUCACAAUGACAUAUUUUUUGAAUGUGCCAGUGGUAUAAACAACAACUGUAUAUAUGGCUAGGAGUACCGAAUUUUUUUGACGUGCUCUGUGGAGUACUCCUACCCAUAUACAGACGUUAUUUAUACCACUGGCACAUUUUAAACAUGUGUCAUCGUGACAAAUUUUGCUGGACACACAAAGAUUUAUAAGUCUUAAAAAGUCCCGUGCCAUAUACAGUGGGGACCUGAUCCAGUGGCAAAAAACAUACCAUUUUGCAUCCGGGAAGCAUCAAAAAUGCGGCAAAAUGCCUCCCUUUCCAAGUGAAAAAUACUCCGACUUCAAAAGCGCGCCAGCUCUUUUUUUGAGGGAGCCCUUCAAAAGGGAGUUUUUUCACUUGGAGAGGGAGGGAUUUUGCCACAUUUCUGAUGCUUUCCGGACGCGAAAUGUUACGUUUUUUGACAUUGGAUCAGAUACCCCGCUGUAUGUGCCACUCAAUCACAUAAAUUUAGAUACCAAAUUUUGUUCCUGAAGCGGACACCUGUCAGUCGGGUUAUUAUUGCGUCACAACGCCGGAGUCACACGCCGGUCACUGCUGUCCCCACAAAUGCCCACUUGGAACCCAGGUGGACACGCAAUACAGUUGCACUCCCGGCGGUGUGGAGCGGAUCUUGGGCAACCUGACGUUGACUCAACGACCAUGUCCCAGUGAUACGCAUUACUGCCAUUAUGUGGCGGGAGACAGCUUCUCACAAGUAAGCAUACGCUCAAUUUUAAUUGUUCAAUUUAAAAACUGAAGAUUUCAACGACCCCUGACCCGCUAAGACCCGCUAAAUCAACCCGUUUUCAGGCAAUAUGCUGCAAGCGGCCUUGUAACUCCAUGGCGCCUGAAGCGCUGUACAUUAACGGAGAGUGUGUGCCGCGUGGCCAACUGAACUCGGCAUGCCAAACGCAUGAUCAGUGUGGCGCCGCUGAGGGAAUGGAAUGCAAAGAUGGGCAGUGCAUAUGUUCCGACGGGUUCAAACCCCAUCUCGAUGCCAUCAGCAAUCCAAUCCACAACCCCAGUCAGACCUGCACCAAGGACUGUGCGAAGGACAUGUUGAGCCGCGACACGGCUUGUUUUGCGCGAACCCAGCUGGGAGGUCAGUGCUUCGUGCAAGAGCAGUGCCCCGCCAACUCCGGCUGCUACCGAGGACGAUGCAUGUGCCGCUGUGGCUACAAGCAGGCUAGUAAUGGGAAAUGCGUGGAGAUCCCCCCGCCCACCACGCAAGCGCCUCCGCAAGGUAAUUUGGCAAAAAUAGAAAGUAUCGCGAACAAAAAACCGUUCUUGCCUCUUCCAGGUAUUCGAACACCCCAAUCGCCCGAGCCGGACCCAAAAGAAACCUUUCUUUGCGUCCUGAAUAGGUUUUUAAGCACGAAUGGUCCUAGUGCAUGCAAUCUGAAUAUUCCAAAAGUCUUUACUUUGCGAUCUUAAUCGCUGGAAUAUAUGACUAGUAGCUUAUAAAUCUUUGUGUGUCUAUAAAAUGUGUCAUAAUUACACUCGUUCGGAAUGUGGCAGUGGUACAGUGGCGAACCUGAGGCAGUGGCAAAAAACGUACCAUUUUGCAUCCGGAAAGUAUCAAAAAUGUGGCAAAAUACCUCCAUUUCCAGGUGAAAGACUCCGAUUUCAAAAGCGUGCCCGCUCUUUUUGUGAGGGAAAAGGCGCGCUCUUCAAAACGGAGUUUCUUAGUUAGAGAGUGAGGCAUUUUGCCACAUUUUUUGGUACCUUAGGGAUGUACGUUUUUUGCCACUGGAUCGGGUCCGUCAGUGUGUAACCAACGGCUGAAUAUAGACACGAGUACUCCCUAGAGUACCCAUAAAAAAAUUUAAGCCCAAAACUUUUGCAAUGUGCAAUUUGGAUGACGGAUUUUUUCAAUUUUUCCCGAGGCGUGAACUUUCGCAAUGCCCAAAAAAUUUUUGCUUUCUCUAGGGAUUACUCCAAGCCACAUACAGCCGUUAGUUAUACCGCUUGCAAAUUUUAAUGCAGAGUCACAGUGACACAUUUUUGAACACACAUAGAUUUAUAAGCCUAGAGCGAUAUAUCUAUAACCCCAACCUUGCACCACCAAGUUUUCGGCCUUCCCACACUAAUAUUUUUGACUUCUAGUAAUUCCACAAGUCCCCGGUCUUCCCACAGGCAAGAACCUGUUCAGCCUGUUCAACGACUUCCUGAACGGUGGCGGAGGCGGAACCGUAAUGGCAGGAUAG